AUGCUACCCUUUGAUCCAUUGACGAAGACGAAUAUCUUCCACUCCGAUCUCGUCACAAGGCACUUGGCUGCGAACAUCUCCCUCGUCGGUUUUGCUACCAUACUCGUUGUGUUGCGGUUCAUUACGAGACGCAUCUGCGGGACUAAGAUAUGGUGGGAUGACUUUGCCGCAGUCGUUUCACUGAUCUUCACUAUUGGUGGGUACAAGCCGGUCAGGGCGCAACGCCCACACGAUGCGAUACCAUACCGUUGGACCGGGACACUAACCAGCAACGCAGGCAUGCUCGCAAUGCACAUCACAGACGCGAAUUACGGGAUGGGAUACCAGACCAAAGAACUACCCAUUGCCAACAGCAUCUUUCUAGCUAAGCUGCUCAUAGCUUACCAAGCCGUGUACUACGCCGCCGUCUCCAGCGUCAAGCUAUCCUACCUCUUGUUCUACUUACGCUUUUUCACACUAAAGGAACAUCGUAUCUGGGUUUGGAUAUGCAUGGGCUUGGUCGUUGCGUACUGGCUCGGUAGCAUGCUUGCGACUUUUCUUUUGUGUACGCCUCUCGAGGCGAACUGGAACCCUCUUUUGGCCAAAAAGUACUGCCCGGAUCACAAACACAGCACGGCGUUCGUUGCGACUGGCAUCUUCAACAUGAUAACCGAUCUGAUCAUCAUCCUGUUACCCAUACCAUUCAUCCGAAAACUACAAAUGACUCGUGGUGCCAAGAUUGGCUUGGUGGCGAUCUUUGCAAUAGGUCUACUGUACGAGACUCUUGGAGCUGCUUGUCUAGUUCAUGUCAGCUAA